UGCAAUCAUGUGAGCACGCCGAAGAUCUUAAAGGCACAGGCAGAAGCUCUGUACCCGACAUGGCGCCUGCCGGGCUGAAACGAAAGAGAAUUUGCAAACGGAACUUCUGGUGCAGAUCGUCCAAUGAGAGCCGUCAAUGAAAGCGAUCAUCAGUCUGUGCAGAGAACAGGCGCUGACCGGCAAGUGCUGCUGUAUUCUUCAGACUGCAAAGACCUUCUUCCUGGGACCAUGGAAGAGAUGAAGAUCCGUUUUGUCAAUGAUCGUGCAACUGGUUUCAAGCGAGAACGAGAUGAAGUUACAUCAGGGACCCCUGAAUCUAAGAGACUGCGCAUUGGUGCAUUUAGCUGUAGCACACCACAAUCUGCUUGCACCACUUUGGCUGAAUUUACAAAACAGGGGCAAGUUGAUAAUGCCUGUCAUUCACAGGGACAAAAUCCUGAAUCAUGUGACGAGUGGGAUGACUCGUUGUUGGAGCCUACUGAUGAUGAUGGUAAUUCCCCCUUAUACUUGACCAUAGAUGAGAUUGAGUCCUUACUAGUUGAUGACUCUGCAGAUGAACCUUCAGGAUGGGAUGAUGAGAAUGACACAUGCGUGGCUCCACUUAUUUCUUUUGCUGCUAAAGAUGAUGGAGAAAAGGAGAGUGCUUCACUUUGCAGGGAACUAGAUCUUUCUGGUACUUUGACUGAAAAUUUAGAGAAUGAUGAUGACCAGAACUAUGCUGCAGUGGCUCCUUCGCCAUGUAAUUCAGUCAUAUGUACUGAAGAGCUUGAUUAUUUAUCGGAACAAAAUGACUACGUUCGUUCUGGAGUAGGUCAGGAGGAGGCCAUUUCUUCAAAUGAGAAGCAGGAACCUAAGCUCACUAUUUCCAGCACAAAACAGAAUACAACUACAAUAACAGACUCCCUCUUAUCUUUAGACCCUGGUCAGAUGUCCAUCGCAUUCGUUAAUGCGCAAGCUGUGGUGCAGAAAAAAACAGACCCACUCAAGGCUUGUUCUCCUUCUAAUGACCCUGACACUCUAAAAGUAACUUCAUCUUCAACAGCAUCUCUGGUGGUCACCUGUGGACCUCAUGGAAGCACAAGUGCAUCUGCAGUGGGACAAGAUAUGAAACCCAGUAAAUCUGCAGAUAAUGAAGAGACUAAUAAUAGACAAGAAGUUUCAGCCACCACAAGUCCAACUGACGUGCCUGUAAGAUCCGACAACCAGAUUCAGAUUUCAGCCUCUGUAAAUUGCAAGAAACCAGGUUCUUCAGCACCAGCCAAAGAAAAGUCACUGGCAGCAGUGCAGCCAAUACCUAGGCCGGACUUCAGGCACAUUCUAUAUCAACCUGAAUUGGAGAGUAAUAAAAACUAUUACUGUACUCAAGUAUGGAUGCAUAUGGAAGGUCCAAUGGGAGCAUACAAUUUGCAAGAUCCCUGUUAUGAGUUGGCCUCUUUAUUGAAGCGAAUCAACAGCAAAGACAGUCAGAACUGGCAGCACCCGACUAAUUUUACGAGGAGGAAUUAUCCUCGGUCUGGAAAGAAGCCAUCUGUACACUGCAGCUUAAAUCAAUGGGUGGAAAGAAAUGGAGGUUCUAAGAAGCGCUUUGAGGACAUACCAUCUCCAUUCCACAGAAGCCCAAUUCCUACAGUGCUCUCAUUUGGUUCCUCAUGAUGAGAAAAAUGUGAAUUUAGGGUUUUGUUUUUGUAUUUACAAGUUUGUUGUUUAGGAUUUUAGUUUUUAUUUACAAGUUCGUUGUUCAUUCUCGAGAAGUGUUACAUGACAAGCAAGUGCAACUUGCCAUAAUAUUUUGAAUACCAACAAAUGCCUUAAUGUAUGUGAAUAUUUUGGGGCAGUUUUAGAAGUGACCCCAAGUUUAGAAUUUAUUGUUCUUAACCGGGUAUUUUUUGUUUGAUAUCUCUUUGGCUUAUUUGCCCACUUAUAAUAAAUGUAUAUUUUCAAAAUUA